ACUAUUGAAAUAUCAGCUGAAGUUAAACUGGUUACGCUUGAACUUUGAACAAUCUCAUUGGUUUUCGGUAAUUCUAAAUAUUUGUUUUUAUUUUAGUCUAUAACGUGUUAUUUACCGCACGCUAAUCUUCGAUACGACUGAUUCGUUAAUCCAACAGCAUCAUAGUAAAACUUAACAAUUGAAAAAGGAAUGACUUGCAGUUGUUGGUCAACGUUAAAGUUUUAUUUAAAAAAAAGAAUAAAAUCGAAUAUAAAUUGCUGCGCAUAGUAUUCGAUAUUGCGCAGUAAAUGAAAUACGAUUGAAAGAAUACGAAGUGUUGGUGAAGUGUUAAAAUUGAGCAUAAACUAUGGCAUUGUUGACUGAGAGUUGGGCAAUUGACAUUUUGACUAUUUUGAUUGGGGCACUUACCUUGGUGUAUUUAUUUUUCAAACGAACCUACACGUACUGGGAGCGGAAGGGAAUUAAAGUAUUGCCGGGGAAGAGUUAUUUGUUCGGCCACUUCUCAAAGACAGUGUCGCAAAAAGAGUUUGUUGGUAACGAAGUGAAAGGUCUUUAUGACAGCACAAAUGAACCAUUCAUUGGAAUCUAUAGCAUACUUCGGCCGAUAUUGCUGGUGCGCAAUACUGAUCUUAUUCGAUCGAUUCUAAUCAAGGAUUUCACACAUUUUACUGAUCGUGGUGUUUAUUGCAACGUAGAAUAUGACCCAUUAUCCGGACAUCUAUUUGCCUUGCCAGGUGAUAGUUGGAAAAAACUUCGUAGCAAAUUAACACCCGCCUUUACUUCGGGCAAGCUCAAAGCAAUUUUUUCAACGCUACUUGACUGCGGUUCAACGUUACAAAAUUACUUGGAAAAAUUAGUUGAUAAAAAUGAAUUGCUUGAUGCACGCGAGAUUGCUGCCUGCUACACAACAAAUGUUACAGCUUCGGUGGCAUUUGGAAUCGAUGUGGACACAAUUAAUGAUCCGAAUAAUGAUUUUCGUGUUUGUGGUCGUAAAAUUUUUAGCAUAAACAUACGUAAUAUAAUUCGAUCGUUUUUGUUCUUCAAUGCACCGCAAAUUAUGAAAUUUCUCAUGAUGAAAGUGGCUGAACCAGAAGUAGAGACAUUUCUACGCAUGAUUACAAAGCAAAAUUUAGAGUAUCGUGAGCAGAACAAUGUAAGCCGCAAAGAUAUAUUUCAGUUGCUAGUGCAGUUGCGUAAUACAGGAACGAUUCAGUUGGACGACCAAUGGGAUACGGUGAUAGAAACCGAUCAGAAACAAAAAACACUGACCGAAGACGAGAUUGCCGCACAGACAUUUGUUUUCUUCCUCGCUGGCUAUGAAACGUCAUCGACUACUCUCUCAUUUUGUUUGUAUGAAUUGGCCAAAAAUCUGGAUGUUCAACAGCGCGUUCAUAGCGAAAUCGACGAAAUUUUACUGAAGCACGACGGAAAAUUAACAUAUGAAUCCAUUUCCGAAAUGAAGUUAUUGGAGGCUUGUAUGGAUGAGACCUUACGGAAGUAUCCAGUAUUGCCGCUAAUAAAUAGACAAUGCGUCAAAGAGUAUCAAAUUCCUGGGACCAAUCAUAUUAUUGAGAAAGGCGUGCACUUGUAUAUUCCUGUGCUUGGAUUGCAAAUGGAUGAAAAAUAUUACGAGGAACCAGAAAAAUUCAUCCCCGAUCGAUUUAUCGAUGAAAAUUCAGCCGGAAAGAACAUUUCGAAUAAACCGUACCUCCCCUUUGGCGAUGGACCGCGAAAUUGCAUAGGCAUGCGUUUGGGAAAACUGCAAACAAAAGUCGGACUGGUCAUGAUGCUACAGAAGUUCCGAUAUGAAUUAACCGAGAAAGGCAAAAAUACCGACAUGGAAUUCGAUCCGAAAUUCUUUUUCAUAAUGCCAUUGGCUGGAAUUAAUUUACAUGUUUCAAAAAGAAAUAUGGCUAUUCUAACUAGUAGUUGGACAGUCGAUUUCUUGGCACUUUUGAUUGGUGCGCUGACAGUGCUUUACUUGAUUAUCAAACGCAAUUAUUCGUAUUGGGAGCGAAAAGGUUUCAAAACUCUUCCGGGUUUCAAUCAUAUCGUAGGCCAUUUCAAAAAGAACUUAUUGGGAAAAGAAUCUUUGGCCGAUUUCUCCACGAGACUAUACCGCAGCACGAAUGAAGCGUACAUUGGAAUCUAUGGAUUGAUGCGGCCGAUGCUGUUGGUGCGCGACCCAGAGCUCCUUCGUUUGAUUAUGAUCAAAGAUUUUACGCACUUUACCGAUCGCGGACUUCAUUCGAAUGAAGAAUAUGACCCAUUAUCCGGACAUCUAUUUGUAUUACCAGGUCAAAAGUGGAAGAAUCUACGGGGAAAAUUGACACCUACAUUUACCUCAGGGAAGCUAAAGUCGAUGUUUUCUACGCUGCUUGAUUGUGGUUCGACGUUGCAGAAUUAUUUAGAAAAGUUAGCCAACAAGGGUGAAAUGCUUGAUGUGCGUGAGAUCUCAGCCGCACACUCAACAAAUGUCAUUGCCUCCGUUGCCUUUGGAAUCGAUGUGGACACGAUUAAUGAUCCGAAUAAUGAUUUCCGUAAAUAUGGACGUAAAAUUUUUGAAUCAAAUUUUUGGAAUAAUUUGAAAGGACUCAUCGGAUUUGUUGCGCCAAAACUGAUGUCCUUCUUGCGGCUCAAAGCAUUUGACGCGGAUGUUGAAAAAUUCAUCAUGUCGGUGGUGAAACAGAAUUUAGAAUAUCGAGAGAAAAAUAACGUUUCGCGGAAAGAUUUCUUCCAACUGCUGAUUCAGCUUCGAAAUACGGGAUCAGUUCAGUUGGACGAUCAGUGGGAUACUGUGAUCAAAGCUGACGAAACCCAAAAGACCAUGACAUUGAACGAAAUCGCCGCACAAACUUUCGUCUUCUUUGCAGCUGGAUUUGAAACAUCUUCGACUACACUCUCAUUUUGUUUGUAUGAAUUGGCAAAAGAUCCGAAAAUUCAGCAGAGAGUGCACGAAGAGAUUGACAUCGUUUUGAACCAACACAACGGCCAAAUUACCUAUGUAUCCAUUUCAGAUAUGAAGUACUUGGAGGCCUGCAUCGACGAGACUCUUCGUAAAUAUCCUGUGGUCCCUUUGCUUCAACGUGAAUGUGUCAAGGACUAUCCAAUCCCCGGCACGGACAAAGUUAUCGAAAAAGGCGUUGAAAUAUUCAUUCCAGCAUUCGCAAUCCAACACGAUCAGAAAUAUUACGAAAACCCAGAAAAGUUCGAUCCCGAGCGUUUCAAUGAAGAAAAUUCAGCCGGAAAAAAUAUAGUGAAUAGGCCGUACAUUCCAUUUGGUGUAGGUCCAAGGAAUUGCAUCGGACUGAGAAUGGGAAAGAUGCAAACCAAAGUCGGUCUGGUUUUGAUGUUACAAAAGUAUCGAUUUGAAUUGGAAGAGAGAUUGAAGAAAAAUGAAUUCAAAUUUGACCCGCACGUGUUUUUGUUAAGUCCCCUUGGCGGCAUUAACCUUCACAUUAUCAAGCGAUAAACAUUUUAUUUAUCGGUUAAUUGACUACUAGUUGAUAAGGAUUAAAUCACAUUAUUAUACUUUGACAAACACA